GAAGGAAAUGGCGGAGAAAAGUCUGCACAGCUUCUCCUGAUUGAACUCCCUGAUAGGAGCCUCGAAUGAGUCGGUUUGGAGGUUUAAAGAACGUUUACAACCUGAGCGUUCAGUGUGAGUGUAAACAGUUGUCCAGCAGUGUGAUCAGCCAACCAGGGAGCAGCAGUGGCUGUAAUCAGAUGUAAAUGACCUCUUCCUCCUCCUCCUCCUCCUCCUCCCUGUGCUCGCUCCACAUGCACACAGCAACAGGUUUAAAUCCUGCUUGUGCACGACUCUGCAGAGCUGCUGGUUGUCGAGAGCAAAGGCCUCAAGUUUUUUGUUUCUGCUAAGUGGAGAAGUGAUGUUUCGGACGGCAGUAGAGCACGCCAAGAAGCACCCUGGGCUCAUCCCCCAGUUCUUCUUCAUCUGUCUGGGAAUGGGAGGAGCAACUUUAUACCUGAUCCGAUUGGCCAGAGGACCCCAUGUCACCUGGAACAAGACCCACAACCCAGAACCGUGGAAUAAACUGGACCCCACCUACCAGUACAAGUUCGUGGCCAUCGAGACAGACUACAAAAACCUGAAGAAAGAAGGACCUGAUUUCUGACUUUCCUUCCAAAACCUGAGUGGAAAAAUGACAGAAAUCCUGAUCUCGGGUCAGAAUCGCUGCUCCUGCCUCUCUGCUGGCGGAGGGUGAAACAGAUCCCAGAUCAGGAUCCGUUAAAAACCCUUUUAGUGUCUGUGCCUGUGGGACGUCUUCACAGCUGCUUCAUGUGACCGGUACUGUCAGGAAACCACUGAAAACUGUAGCAUCUCUACAUCCUCACACACCUACACAGGACGGAUACGACACACGAUGAAUAAACCCACAGAAUGAGGAGAAACCUGAAUGUCUUAUUUUGAAUGUUUGUUGGUUUUAGAGGACUCCAAAGUCCAGAAUCUGAUUCAGGAAUCUGCUAAAUGACAAAAAAUACAUCCAGAAACCUCCAAAGUUUAUGAGUAUGCAUGCAGAAAUGGUGCAUUUAUGUAAAGUAGAAAUGUUUGGUAGCUCAGCAGAUAACACUUAUGCUUAAAACAGAACUCAAAGUUGUCAUCUUCUGCAGCAGAAAAACAUUUUACUCAUAAAUCCCAUAAAACGACGCUGUCCUGCUGUGCUGCAGCGUAUUAAAGGUCAACCAGGCUGCUUUUAUUCCUCUGUAACGUCACAUGAUUGUGGGUUUAGCAGCCACUAGACUCAGCAAUGACUGUGAGUUAUGAAAAAUGCAGAGAGGCAUGAAGCAGUCUUGAUUCCUUCAAUAAAUAAACGGAUUGAGUCAGA